AUGGCGGAAGUUCCUUCAGAUCUGAUGAAUUAUUCAUAUGAUCCUUCCGCUCCAUUGCCUACAGGGAAAGAAUCGAGAGAUCACGUAAUAAGCAAAGGGCCAUGCCAGCCAAAGAAUAUUUCUUUUCCGGAAGACAAGCGAAAACGAAAAUUUUCGGCAUCUCAUACGAUAAAUUUAAGUGGCUGGAAUAUUCAGCGGCAAAGAAUAAAGUAUUUUGUUUCUAUUGUAGAGUCUUUAAUUCCCAGGUAUUAAAACGUUUAGUACAUUUAUUUAUAGUGAUCGUGUAUUAUAAGUUGUUUAGCUGAAUUUGUCAAUGUAUGACAUUAGUUUCCAAACAUUCUCAUUUUUUCAAAUGGGGAAAAAUAAUCUACUCAGUUUGUCUAUAAAUGGCUGCAUGGCUAUAUAUAAUGUGUUUAGGUUGCAUCAAAAGGUGACCCAGCCUUCAUUGCCAUCGGCAUUCCAGCCAAGCAUAUCGUCAAUGGAAAUAUCAAAAACCAGUGGAUCACCAAAUUAGUGAAGAAGCGGCGAAGCAAGAAUCGUAUCGCCAGCAAUUGGUUAGACAUGCAAGAGAUGUAUAAAUAUUUGUACAAACAUGUUUACCUGAUAUUUCAAACUUAAAGGCCUGAGGUACUACCUUCUCGAUUAAGAUAUUGACAUGUUGCACGUGAAUUAUGUUUUAGGUGAGAACAAAUAGAAGUGUCAUUGGCAAAAUAUUUGAUGUCGUUCGAACUGUUGGCAAGCUGAACUUGCCUUUCAGAGGGCGUCGUGAGGAUGAGCAAUCAAUGAAUAAGGGUGUAUUUAAAGAAUUUAUUACUCAUAUUGCUAAAAGCGACAUAGUGCUACAGAAUCAUUUAACUACCUCUCCUGGUAAUGUAAAUAAAUUCCAUAAUCAUAUAGCUCUAAAUUUCGUGUCGUGUUCGGUGAGCGGUGGUCGGUGAGCGUACCAGUCACGUGGCAGAUUCGUAAAAUACGACAAAUACCGAGUUUCCGACGAGCAUUUUCAUGCCGGGUUUUCGUCGAGGAAACGCAAAGAAAAUUUAUAUAUUGAUGAUUAUUCGCCGAAAAUUUACAUAAUCGAGCGCCUUAGAAAAAUAAAUCAGGUAGGUAAAGCUUUACUGUUUUAACUUACCUUAAAUUUUGUUAUUUGUUGUGAUUUUGGAGCCGUUGUGCUCGCACUGAUUAUUUAUCAACUAUCACGCGUUUAUAUUUAUAUAUCGUGAAAGCCUCAAAGCCGCGAACGCUAUCAAAAUACCCGAUUUUUAUAUAUACUCAAACUGAAACGGAGCCAUUGUGCUCGCACUGAUUAUAUUGUGUGCAAAGCUUCAAAACUACAGCAUAUUUUGUAAACAACAUGAAAUAUAAAUAUCAAACACAAUUUAAAUUAUAAAUAUAGUAAUACAAUUGAAAGCCGCGAACGCUAUCAAAAUACUCGAUUUUUAUAUACUCAAACUGAAACGGAGCCAUUGUGCUCGCCCUGAUAAUAUUGUGUGCAAAGCUUCAAAACUACAGCACAUUUUGUAAACAACAUGAAAUAUAAAUAUCAAACACAAUUUAAAUUAUAAAUAGUAAUACAAUUGAAAUCGAGAUUGAAAUAUACAACGAAAUAGCAACCAUUGUGAAGUACGCAUAAGAUUCAACAUGACAUUCGAUAUAGUGCAAAUUAACUGAUUUCAAUCACUCAAACGUCAAAAUGAUAAAUAGUAAUACUAAUCAUUUUCAAUCUAUUGUAGUAAUUCACCGUUUCCACGGGUUUUUUAUACCCAUUAAAAAGUUACAAUAAAGCUAUAUCUAUAGGAAAUAACGUUAUUUAGUUAUUAAUUUGUAAAGUAAAUCUAACAGUCAAUCGCUUUUGAUAAAACCUUGACCCGCCUUGACAUUGUUAAAGGGGCCCUACAGUCAUUUUUUAGUCAAGUAAGUAUUGUUUACAUUUUUGUUAUUGUCGCUACUUGACAUGCGCAUCACGGCAUGCAUGCGUCUUCCGGUGUGCGGAAGUACUCAUAUUCAUGGAUACUACAUGUAAGAUACAGCCAAACGAAUCUCCGUGGAGUCCCCUACUUAAGGUGGCUUUUCGACUAAAAAAUGACUGUAGGGUCCCUUGCCUCCCUUUAAUGUUAUUAUUACCGUCGCUUGCAACUAACUAUUAACGGUCGCUUAAAAAACAUUGUCUAUAUUCGCGUGUUUCUGCUGGGGUCUACACCGUAGGCAAAUUCGCGUGAGAGUCUUAAGUUUUCUUAUUUUGACAUAAAUAUAUUGAUAUUAAAUUUAUUGAAUCGAUAUUUUAAGUUUCACGCCAGUUGUACCAAAGGUUAUAAACGCUAUAGCGCAUCAUAAGCAUAUAUAUCUUAUAUAAGAUAUCUAUGAUCAUAAGUUUCAGAUGGCAUGCAACAUGUACGCAGUGCGUACCUAUUUUUGCAUUUUUAUACCAAAUACUCCUAUAACUAAUGACUUUAUUGACUUGAUACAUAAACAUACAUACAUAAUACUUUAUUACUUGAUGCUUGGUUAAUUUGUAGACAAUGCAAAAUACACCUCGCCUGAAAUUCAAAAUCAGAUGAUAGUAAUUCUUGGCUCUAGCAUUUUGGAUGAAAUUAUACGACGAGUUAAAGAGACAAAGUUUUAUGCGGCAAUAAUUGCCGAUGAAACACCGGAUAUGAGCCAAACUGAACAGUUGUCAUUGCUUGUACGAUUUGUUUGGAAUGGCGAAGUUGAGGAACGUUUGCUGGCGAUGAUGCCGAUGAAUGAAACAACAGCAGAAGCUCUUUUUGGGGCUGUCACUCAAAAGCUACAGCAACAUGGAAUAGAUGUUGCUCACUUGCGUGGACAGUGUUACGACGGUGCAAACAAUGUAGCAGGAGUGCACACUGGCCUGCAAGCACGAAUUAAAGAGGUUUCACCUUCUGCUCUCUAUACUCAUUGCUAUGCACAUAUUCUCAACCUUGUCAUUGUGGACACUAUGAGCAAAAACAAGAUUGCCCGAGAUUUCUUUGGAACGUUACAGAACUUGUAUGUCUUUAUCCAGUCUUGCCCAAAGCGACAUAGUGUUUAUGUGAAGAAUCAGAGGGAAAUUAAUGCCCAUGCCAGAGGAGGAGAAAAAAGGGAGUAUACCCUUAAGAAGCUAUCUGAUACCAGAUGGGCUUGUCGUGCAGACAGUAUAGUAGGAAUACACCGUACUUUAGAUGCUGUAAUUGCAACGCUGAAGGAGGUUAGGGAAAAUGAAACAAAGGCGGCCAUUGCAGCUGAGGCAAAGGGACUGCUGCAAAAUGUUCAAGACUUCGAAUUCAUUGUUGCUCUAGAGGUAAUUUGAAUAAUUGAACUGUUAUUUUUUUAAAAAAAAUAUGCGUAUAAUGAAAACUGUUCUUUUUAAUUUGUUCUAUUUUAUCGCAAGGUGCUAAAAAAGGUGCUGCAUCUUAGUAAAGGGGUUUCAGACAAGCUUCAGUCCGAAGGCCUCGACGUUGUUUCAGGAUGUGAGAGAGUAGCUGAUCUUUUUACUGCAAUUAAGGCUCUUCGAUGCGAUGUGAAGUUUGAAGAUUUCUGGCUUGCAACCCUAGAGAGAUGCGCAAAAUUGGGAAUCGAGGAGCCAAAAGAAAAGCGUCCUCGCAAGGUUCCUCGGAGACUGGAUGAGAACCCAGAUACAGCCGCUCAGGUUUCAGUCAAAGACAAGUUUAAAAUUUUCUUUUUCUACAAUGUGAGUUUUUAAAACGAUUCAUAAUGUGACCAAUGUCUUAGAGGUGGUAAAUUUCACAAUCUUUAUUUAAUUAGGUACUGGACCUGAUGAGCAACUCGAUUGAAACUCGUUUUAACAUGGAAAGUACAGCUGUCCUCAAAGGCCUCGGAUACCUACAUCCUGCUCGAAUAUCGCAUUCACAAGCAUGGGAAAGCAUUUCUGUAGCGGCAAAAUGGUUCCAGAAUGAUAUUGAUUUGGAGGCUUUGGAGAGUGAAAUAUUUUCGUUACAGCUAUCAUCAUUGGUAACAGAUGUCAUUGAAAAGGCCGUAUCUGAGAAACGGAAUCCCGAUUUUCUUGAUUUGUUCAAGGCGUUACAGGCUGAACCCCAGUGUUAUGCUUGCGUUAGCAAAUUGAUGAAAAUUGCUUUAACACUUCCAGUCACUUCAUGUAGUGCCGAAAGAGUGUUUUCGAAGUUGAAGAUAGUCAAAUCGCGACUGAGAUCUACUAUGAAUCAAAACAGGCUUGAAAACCUUAUUCACAUGUCGGUGGAAGUGGAUUUGCUGGAGAAUCUUGACUUGGACAGCCUAGUUCAGAAGUUUACUGAUUGUGCUCCCAGAAGAAUGAAUUUGGUUUAG